AAAGGGUUAGUUUGCACUGACGUCAGGAAGUCAUUCGCCAGUCACAUCCACGGGGCGGUCAAACGCGCGUGCUGUGCGCUGCCGCUGUUUAUGUUACGCGACUUCCUGGUGCUCUUUGUAGUAAACCUCGUCGAUUUUAACUGCUUUGUGUAGUUUUUCUUGUGCAACUGUAAGUAAUUUAUGUGGAGUGAAUGAGUAAGUAAGCUAUGGUAGAGCAGCUGGGUAAAAAGACAACGAGACUGACAGCUGACGCUCACACUGAAAGUACUCCCUGCUGCCCGAAAGGAACUAUUUCUGGAGUAUGAAUGUUUUGUACUGAAUGCAAUAUCUUCCCUCACCUCCAUUUUAUCGGCUGAUAUCCAUCAUGACGAAGAGAUCCCGUCAAACACUAGAUCAGGAUGAUUCUCUGUGCUGUUGUGAGUACAUCGAUCGUCACGGCGGACGCAGUCACUUGGCAGCAUGCUGCUGUGACUGUGAGGAUUUGGAUGAUGCUUGUGACAGCUUUGCACUACCUGCUGGGUAUUUUAGUGCUAACUGCAGUGCCCGUCUUGGUCCUUUGGUACUACUAUUUCACUCACCGAAAGAAAGGACGCACAUUAUUCUUCCUCAGCCUCGCACUCUUCUCCCUCUUCUACAUGUUCUACCUCUUCAUCACCGAAGUCGUUCCUCGAGGUGGUGUGAAUCAUCUUCAGUUGGCCGCUGUGACAGUGGGUGUUGCUCUUACAGUAAUUUUCCUUGUAAUCACUAAGAGGGGGCCGGGCUACGCCAGGCCUUGUCCAACUGACACUCAUAGUACAGUGACCUAUCACAAACCUCCGCCUGACGUAGAUGCCGAUCUAAAUGGAGCACAGCACCACGUGGUGACAGCCAGUGGUGAACAAACUGGUGAAUCUGGGACAGCGCAGCAGGGUGUUCAGAGGAGGAACUGGUGUGCCGUAUGCAAAGUGGUGCGGCCCCCGAGAGCGGGACACUGCAGGAUCUGUGGAGUCUGCAUCCUGCGUCUGGACCACCACUGUGUCUGGAUCAACAGCUGUGUGGGGCAGGCCAAUCACCGCAAUUUCCUUCUGACACUUACUUUCUUUCUGCUGACAUCGCUGUACGGGAUCAGUUUGGUUCUUCGAAGUGUGUGUUCUGACCAGAAUGUAAUGACUGCACUGUUCUACUGUCCUGACGUCUACAACCAGUUCAGUUCUGCUCUGUGUUUCACCUGUGCCUGGUACAGCUGUAUUGUGACGGGAGCUUUACUGCACCUGCUGCUCUUGCAGCUUAUCAACGUCAGCUUCAACGUGACUGAACGGGAGGCACGUCUGGCUUUGAGAGAGAAAACCGGUCGCAGCCUUCUCUGGGGUCUGAUCAUCGACACCGGCGUUUACUCAAGAGGCUUCCGUAGUAACUGGAUUGAAUUCUUGACCAUGAGCAAGGCUUCAGAGUAAUCAAUUCAUAAACCAUCAGAUCUGGUGUAGAAAUUCAGCUCUCAGUCUCUGCUGAUGGAAAAAAAUCAAACCGGUCUUUCAAGUGAAUUAAUGUUGUGCUACUUAAUGUCUUCAACAUCCAUUCCAGAGUCAGUUUUAUGGCUCUAGCCAUUGUGCUCAAGGUCUCAUCGACAGUCAGUUGAAUUGUAAGGAUCACUAGAUGGCAGUGUUGUAGUAUGUAUGUAUCUCUACCAGUGUAUUUUAACAUCAAGUACACCAUUACUCAGGUGUGGUUAGUGUUUACCAGCUUGGCAUUACAAAUAAUACUGUAUGUGUGUCUUAUGUGAACAAACAUUAAAUAUCAAGCCUUAUUUAGUUCCUUUUUGGAACAACAAAAGUGCUGCAACACUGCAUCUAUAUCCAGAUAGCACACAGCUUUAAAACUGUCAUCUCAGUAUGAAUGUUUUAUGUUGAGCUUCAUGUUUGUUAUUUGAGGUUUUUGUGCCUGUGUGUAUUUUUUUUAACUGGGGACAAAUCUGUGGCAUGUACCAUCCAGCUAUUUUUUUGAUGUGCAGGAAUUACUGCAGCGUUUUUUAAUCAAAGUUGGUUUCUUUUCAUUAAAUGCCUUCGAAAGAAACCACACUUCAGAAUCCGGAUGUUUCUUUCUCAUUUGAGACGGUUUUAUAAUGUAAUGCAUUCCAUUCUACAAGUUGUUCAAUUAAACUGUACCAUGGAGAAAUAAACAAGCGUAAAAUGAUUAAACACGGCAGCUUAUCAAGA